AUGUCUGCAGCCGACCUCCAGAGGAGACACGCUGAGUUGGAAGGAGCUCCAGACCCGUUCCCGAGUCUGACAGACUCUCCGGUGAAAGCGCGCCCUGCCCCGCCCUCCAGCGGUACCCUCGACACCGACUCAGACGUAGCUUUCCCGUCGCUCGCGCCCUCCGCGCCUCCUGCAGUCAAGGCUCCGGCUACAGCGUGGGGUGCGCCCCGCAUUAAGGCUACUGUGUCAAAGCAGCCGACGUUCUCCGACUCCUUCACGAUUCCCGUCGGCGACUUGUCCACUGCUGGCAGGGAUGGCAGGCCCACAUCGCUCGGUGAGAUUAUGAAGCAGAUCAUGGCCCAGUACAAGGUCAAGCUCGACGCCUCUACGAACCAGAAGCUCCGUCAGACAACGUUCUUCCUUAAAUCUGAGAACAAAAGGGACUUCGAGAAGGCAAAGAAGGCUCUGCUCGCCGGUCUUUCCCCAGUCGCAACCGUCGUUUUGAAUGCGCCAGCUUCUACUAUUCCUAUGAUCAUCGGCUCUAAAGGUGCUAUCCUCAAGGAAAUCCGCGAACAAACCGGUGUCAGGGUCGAUAUACCUCGCAGAGACGCUCUGAACGGUCAAGCUAACGGUGGUCCUCAUUCCCCCUCGCGCAAUGCUACUCCUCUUCCUGACAACAACGACGAAGACGAGGAGCCUACUGUGCCGGUCACUAUCACGGGCCCUCAGCCUCUUGUUCUGGAAGCGCAGGCAAUGAUUCAGCAAAUCAUCGCGUCCAAAAUGUCUCGCACUACGCAGCGCGUCAAGGAUAUUCCUGCACAUAUCCUGCCGUUCCUCCUUCCUCACCGCGCAAAGUUCCUCGAGGCUGCCCAGGGCGGAGAUGUCCAGCUUCAGUCGAAUCAAGCUGCUCGCGAAAUCUCUGUCAGCGGUGAUCGUGAAGCCGUUGAACGGGUUAUCGAGUCUAUCAAGUCCGCGCGCGACUUCUUCCAAAAUGAUGUCACGUCUUUGAAGCUGAUGCUUCCCAAGCGCCAGCACCGUCUGCUCACCGACAAGGGGGCCGAGGAAAUCAUGACCAAGUCACGUUGCGUGGUUAUUGUCCAGAGCUUCGAGGAGCCCGGCGAGGAAGUCAAUGUGUACGGCCGCGCGGCCGACAUUGGAAACGGAGUUACCGCCGUCAUGGAGAAGGCGAACUCGGCAUACAUUCAUGAAUUCCCACUUCCUGGCCCUACCAACGUUUCUCGGCAGUUGCUCACAUACAUGACCCGCGUGGGAUACCCCGAGACCCUCAGCGACGAAAACCCUGGUGUCGCAGUCUAUACUCCACCGGUGUCGACCAUCCAGAAGGCUACCGUGCUUAAUGUCGAUCUUGUGGGAGAGAAGCCCGCUGUUGAUGCUGCCGUCCGCCAGCUUUCGCAACUCCUUGGCAAGCUCAUUGGCGCCACGAAGGAUGUUCCGAUUGACUGGUUACUUCACCAUUUUAUAAACUCCCAGAAGAACGCUAAGAAGCUCAAGUCCUUCCACGAACAGCAGAACGUUCUCGUCUUCUUCCCUCUUGAGUCCGCCGAGCAGUCUUUAGUCCUUCUCGUCUACGACCCCACCUCCCCCAACGCUUCUCCUUCCCCGGCUGAGAAGGCACAGAAGCUCGAGGAGGUCGAGGCUGAGCUGCUGAAGAUGGCCAAGGCUGUUGCCGACAUCAAGACUCAAACUAUUAACGCCGAGAAAAAGUGGCACGACGCUGUCAUCGGCCAGGGCGGGACGACUCUGAAUGCGGUCAUCGGCGAGGACAAGACUCUGUCCAUCAAGUUCGGUAAGGACGCAGGCGACGCUACUACUGAGGACGUUAUUGUUGUUCACGGCAUUAGCACCGACGUGAACCGCGCCGUGAAGGAGAUUGAGCAGAUUGUCGAGGCCGCCAAGAACGAUGAGAUCGUCAGCAGCUACUCGACUGAAUUCGAAAUCGGCCGAGAGUUUGUCGCCCGCAUUGUGGGUGCUCAUGGGGCUGGUGUCAACAGGAUCCGUGAUUCGCUCGGCGUCAAGGUCGACUUCUCUGAUGAUCACGAGGAUAAAGACAAGGAUGCUAGCAAGAAAAAGAAAGUGCCUGCUGGACAGAAGGUCAAGGUCAAGAUCACUGGUCGCAAGGAGAACGUCGAGGAGGCUAAGCGUCGUAUAAUCACUCAGGCCGACAAAUAUGCCGACGAGACUACUGAGGUCCUGAAGGUUCCUCGUCAUUACCAUCCUUCGCUCAUAGGCCAAGGGGGCAAGUAUGUCGUCCGUCUUGAGGAUAAGUACGAUGUCAAGAUCACCUUCCCCCGUGGCAAUGCGGAAUUUGCUGAGGCCAGGCGUGACGCUCCCAAGCCUGAUGAGAUCAUUGUCAAAGGUCCUAAGAAAGGAGUCGCUCAGGCCAAGACGGAGUUGCUUGAUGCGUACGAAUUCGAGAAGGAAUCAGACAACCAGAUCGAGUUCACGAUCCCUACUCGUUCGGUUGCUCGUAUUCUCGGCCGCGGUGGUGCCCAAGUCAACGAGAUCAAAGACAACACCGGUGCCCAAAUUGACAUUGACAAAUCCCCCGAGAACGGCGAGGUCACGACUGUCGUGCUCCGUGGGACCAAAGCUUCGAUUAACGAGGCCAAGGAACAUAUCCUCAGCAUCUCCGAGCAGGUUCAUGAGGAAACGAUCGACAGUCUCAACAUCGAGAGCAAAUUCCAUCGCACCAUCAUCGGCCCCGGUGGCCAAGGCCUUAAGGAGCUUAUCACCCGUUGCGGUGGACCCACUGACCCUAAGGCACAGGGUGGUCUUAUCCGCUUCCCGCGCCACGGUGAGCCCUCGGACGAAGUUACCCUGCGGGGUGAACCUAAGCUCGUUGCCAAGAUCAAGGCUGAACUCGAGAAGGCUGUCGCGACACUUCGCGAUCGCGUCGUACUCGGUGUGGAGAUCCCUGCCGCCCAGCACCGUGCGCUUAUCGGUCGAGGCGGCCAGCACCUCAACGAGUUCCAGAACCGCACACAUACCCAGGUGCAAUUCCCAGGCUCGCGCUCUUACGGCAACGUCGGCGAGCCCGAGAACGCGGACGAGCUGGCGGACGCUGAUCCCGCUGACUUAGUUAAGGUCACUGGUCCCCGUGCAGCUUGUGAGCAAGCUGUAGCGGAGCUCAAGGCCGCGGUCAAGCCUCCUGCACCCGAGGGCGUCACCGGCACGCUGGACGUCCCGCUGAAGUAUCACCACGCUGUGACACAGCAGGGUAACCUCUUCCGCACGCUCCGCAACUUUGGUGUAAGCGUCGAGCAAUCCGCGGCGCCCAAGAACCCACCGGUCCCUGCUCGGCCCGCACCGGAGGGAGACACGACCGCGCGAAUCGACGACCCCGGUGAGAAUACGACGAGCGUCGAGGCGCAGUGGCAGGUCGUGCCGAACUAUCAGGACGCUGAAGAGGGCGAGGCAGUCUGGACAUUCAAGGCUCUCGACCAGGCCGCGCUCGACAAGGCGCUCGACGCUGUGCGCGACGCGGUUACGCACGCGGAGGAGAUGACUCACGUCGGCUUCCUCACCCUCCCCGACCGCUCGAUGUUCCCGCGCAUCGUUGGUGCAAAGGGUUCGAACGUUGCCCGGCUCCGUGCUGAGAGCAACGCCGAUAUCACUGUCAGCCGUGACGACAGCACGAUUGUCAUCAUUGGUGAGUAGGAUAGCUGAUUCUUCUAGACUUGUAAGAGCUCAAUAUAUGUCUACAGGCUCGGAGACCGCCAUCGAGACCGCCAAAGAUGCAAUCCUCAAAAUGUCCACUGGCCGCCCCCACCGUGGCGGCCGCCGCGACUGAUGCCCAUGCUAAUCCCCAUCCCCAUUGCUCGAUCAUGCUAUCUGGAUUGGAUAUAAUUGCGUCGUUAUUCGUGCUGCUAUGUUUUACAAUGCACACUUCAUUUACUCUGGGCUGUCUGUACGACGACAUAUUAGGAUUAUUUGGCGUGCUAAUAGUGUAGAGCUAUGCUGAACGAGAGGGAUCCGAAAACGAUUGAUAACGAGACCGAGCGUCCAUGCGAAUGCGAAGUUGCGAGUGACAACGAUGAAAACAAUAUGACAGACGUCCCCGAACGAUGGCGGAACGAGAGAACAGUGCGAUAAUCAUGAAUGGCGAGGCCAAGACUUUACGACCUGACGGUGAGACCGCC